GAGCGGCAGGCGGCAGUGGAAAACCGGAUCGGUAGGCGGGAGUGCGGACGGGGGCGGAAAACCGGAUCGGCAGGCGGCGGUGCGGACGGAGGCGGACAACCGGACCGGUAGGCGGCGGUGCGGACGGAGGCGGACAACCGGACCGGUAGGCGGCGGUGCGGACGGAGGCGGACAACCGGACCGGCAGGCGGCGGUGCGGACGGAAGCGGACAACCGGACCGGCAGGCGGCGGUGCGGACGGAGGCGGACAACCGGACCGGCAGGCGACGGUGUGAGUGUGCCCGGCGGUGCCGGAGACGUGGAGAGGGUGCCGGGGUGAAGCGUUGCGAACGGCGAGCGAUGGCAGCGUCAUGAGACUGAAAUGGAGGCGGGCGGCGGUCUGCGCGGUUAUCAUUUACUGCCUGUUCUCCAUUUACGCCGCCUACGUCGUCUUCUUACGGCGACCCAGAGAAUCAGGGACACAACGGGCGGCCGCUGGCCGGGAACGCAGGAGGGGCAGUUCACUCCAGUGGCAGAAUGAGCAAGAACAAAGGGAGUUGCAGCACUCGCAGCAAGAUGAUGAGUGGAACCCGUGGGAAGAGGAUGAGAAAAUGGAGAAUGCUGUACAGAACGGAGCUCAACUACAGCGAUUUCAGAAAAAAAUUCUACAGAACUCGCCCAGAAAGAAGCUGGUGCAGAUCUGGGGCAAAGCUGCAAUUGGGCUUUACCUCUGGCAGCAUAUACUUGGUGGCCCACUUAUGCCAAGUGAGGUGACAGCUCACUGGAGAGAGGGGGAACUAAAGGCUGGUGAUAUAUAUUUUAGAUUCUACACUGGACCUGCUGUGGUGCCUGGGCGCAUCUCACUGGAUACGGAGAAUCUUGUGCUUGUGUUGAAUGGUAGAGAAGAGGGGAAGAUCAAGUUUGCCACCCAGUGGUUGCACUAUGUACAAACACUCCACCAGAUGCAUAAACUGAAGCACUCAGCUGUAGUCCUGCUUGGCAGUGAGCAGUGUGAUAAUGACUGGAUUGAGUCCUAUCUCAGAAAACACGGAGGGUUUAUCGACUUAAUUUUUCUGGUGUAUGACAGCCCUUGGGUGAAUGAACUGGAUGUUUACCAGUGGCCAUUAGGAGUGGCAACCUACAGGAACUUCCCCAUUGUGGAUCUCAAUAAUCUGAUGUUACAUUCUUCAAGGCCGUACUUGUGUAACUUCCUCGGAACUGUCUACAAGGCCUCUUCCCGGGAAACCUUGCUGGAUAUACUGAAACAGGAGCGACUCGGUGCCAUGUGCCUUAUCUCGGUUAGAGAACAGUGGCUACCACAGGAAACAAGUGACAGUUUAAAGAAGUAUCAAGAUGCCUUGCUGCAGAGUGACCUCACGUUGUGCCCAGUGGGAAUCAACACUGAAUGCUACAGAAUUUAUGAGGCCUGUGCUUGUGGCUCUGUUCCGGUUGUUGAAGAUGUUAUGACACCAGGGCAAUGCGGCAACUCGUCAGCACUCCAGAAUGCCCCACUCCGCCUCCUCAAGUCAAUGGGUGCACCUUUUAUUUUUGUGAAAGACUGGAGAGAGCUUCCAGCUAUUUUAGAGAAAGAGAAGGCAAUGACUCUUCAGGAAAAGAAUCAGAGACGGAGAAUGAUCAUCGAGUGGUUUAAGCAAUUCAGAACUCAGCUAAGAAAAAAAUUCAUUGAUAUCCUUGAAAACAGGUUCUUUUGAGAGUUCACUUCUCCAACACAAGGGUUCCUUUGAAGACUCUGACCUGGAGUUACACGCUGACUACAGUUCUUUGCAGGAAUGGGACCCACUCUCGAGGUUUCAGGACUGGCCAUUGUUCGGCAUGUCAAGGGCUCGGCCUAAGUAUUCAGCUCGGCUUUGAAAGCCUAAGAUCUCAGGCCUCUGGAGAUGGGCGGAUCGAGGGUCAGUAUCACGACAGGAGAACUGCGUGUCGUCAGGGGAGUCAGAAUAUCUGCAGCUGUGCGCCCAGAGACUCGUGAUCUUUGGGCACAGAGCUUGAAAAAAGUGACGUGGAGGACGUUGAACAUCAUAAACCAGCGAGUUGCUUGUUAUGUCUCCCCACUCACUGUGAAACAGAAACAUUUCUUUCUCUCUUAUUAGGGAGAGAGAGAACCUGUAGUAUGUCGAAUGUAGGGUGAACAAUGUAGUCUCUGGGGUAACCGCAAGUCUGUGUCUUUAUUGUUGCUUUGCUCACGCUUGAGUGCUCAGUGGUGGGUGCCAAUGCACGUUUUUUUGCUGGUGGGGGAGGAGGGAUUGUUGCUUGCUGUCACUCACGUGCGGGAGGACGGAGCUGGGGGGGAUUCUGGGAUUCUAACAUUUAACUGUCAUUCAUUCUUUGGGGCACUCCUCUGUUUUAACCAUAACCAUAUAACAAUUACAGCACGGAAACAGGCCAUCUCAUGGAUGGUUGCAAAGAAAAAACAUUUCAGGAUGUAUAUUGUAUACAUUUCUCUGACAUUAAAUUGUACCUUUGAAACCUUUGAAACUUAUCUUAGAAAGGAUGUGCUGAAACUGGAGAGGGUUCAAAGGAGGUUCAUGAAAAUGAUUUCAGGAUUGAACAGCUUAUAAUAUGAAGGGCAUUUGACAGCUCUGGGCCUGUAUUCACUGGAAUUCUGAAGAAUUAGUGGUGACCUCAUUGAAACCUAUUGAAUGGUGAAAGGCCUUGACAGAGUGGGUGUGGAGAUGAUUUUUUCCUAUGGUGGGGAGUCUAAGAGGCAGACACCCCACCCUGCAAAAACUCAUUUCAGGGAGGUAGCACCAUCAAUUUGCGGGAGACUCCCGGAACUUCCAGGAGAGGUGGGAUGUCUGCAAUAGAGUAGCUCCUUAGCAGCUAGUCAGCUAGUUUAAAUUACGUUAGCUAUGCUAAUGAACGAAUGACACCUAUUAAACUCACCUCAACAUGUCUUUUACAGUCUUAACCCACCAUGAGCAAUAGAAAAGUCAUUGUUGCAAACAGUGCAGCGAGCAACACUGUCAUUAUUUUUGACCCCUAUUAGGCAGGGGUACACUUUAGUGUAGUCUGGGGUGACGUACGUUUUAUAUUUUCUUUUUUUGGAACACUCUGCCAUGGCGCGCUCUUGCUCUCUCUCUCUCUCUCGUGGUCUCUCGCUUGCUUUCCUUCUCUCGCUCUCUCGUGGUCAUUCUUGUGCUCUCUUUUGCUUUCUCUUGCUCGCUCGCUCUCAAAAAAAUUGGUUUCCGUGAUAUUUGCGGGCAUCAGGGAGCCACUAUUAUUAUGCGGGAGACUUCUGGAACUUCCGGGAGAGGUGGGAUGUCUGAAGAGGAGGAAUUUAUUUAGCCAGAGGGUGGUGAAUCUGUGGAAUUUGUUGCCAGAGGCAGCUGUGGAGGCCAUGUCAUAGUCAUAGUCAUACUUUAUUGAUCCUGGGGGAAAUUGGUUUUCGUUACAGUUGCACCAUAAAUAAUAAAUAGUAAUAGAACCAUAAAUAGUUAAAUAGUAAUAUGUAAAUUAUGCCAGGAAAUAAGUCCAGGACCAACCUAUUGGCUCAGGGUGUCUGACCCUCCAAGGGAGGAGUUGUAAAGUUUGAUGGCCACAGGCAGGAAUGACUUCCUCUGACGCUCAGUGUUGCAUCUCGGUGGAAUGAGUCUCUGGCUGAAUGUACUCCUGUGCCCAACCAGUACAUUAUGUAGUGGAUGGGAGACAUUGUCCAGGAUGGCAUGCAACUUGGACAGCAUCCUCUUUUCAGACACCACCAUCAGAGAGUAUUUUGUGUACACACGUCUUUGUGUAUAUUUAAGGCAGAGGGUGAUGGAUUCUUGAUUAGCCAGGGCAUAAAAUGAUACGGGGAGAGGGCAGGAGACUGGGGCUGAGAGGAAUGGGGGAACAGACUCAAUGGGCCAAAUGGCCUAAUUCUGCUCCUAUAUCAUCCGGUCUAUUAUUGAGCCUCCAGUCCUGCCCCUCCUGCAACCUUCCAGCAAAAUAAUUGCAAAGUACCACCCUCAGUGUAUUUGGGGAAGACUAAUUUAACAAAUCACAAAAAGGAUGGCAGGGCUUCCUGCAGACAAAUAAUCUUCAUCAGUUGGUAUUUAAAAAUGUGUUUCAUCCAGUUCUGUGGGGAUGUAAUUUGGACUAAACUUUGAGAAGUAGUACACAUUCUAUUUUUGAAACUGGUCAAAUUAUAGCUGUACUUCACUACAGAGUGUUCUGCCACUUUGAAGUACAGUUUCAUACUGGAGCCAUUUCAAGUUGUUGUGGAGCUUUGAAUUAAAUCAUGGGGUCAGAUUUGAUUAAAGUCAGAGAGGGCGCCAUAUUGUUCAUUUGUGUAAGUGAAACAGAUCUUGCCAGACCUCAGUGCACCAGUUACCGCCUGCAAUAAUUGGAUUCCUGCAACUAAUAUUAAUCUUGUCAUCAGUGAGGUAAAUGCUCCCUUCCUUAAAUGAUAUAAGCAAUUUAUGUGCACUCUAUUUUAAUUAAAUAUUCAUAAAAUGGCUCAGAGCUAUCUUCAUAUUUCUGUUCUCUUAAAUUAUACAAAGGACAAACCAAAAUAACAAGUUAUUUAGGAACAAGAAGCCAAAAAGCCCUGAGGCUCUUCUGACAGUUCAAAGUUGAUUAAGAUUGAUUGAUAUUUUACCCACCUUGGCUUUUUAUCACUCUGAAUCAUCGGCAGUUGUCUAGAAAUCUAAGUUUUAAAAUUAUUCAGCGUGCAGCCAUUUACUGCACUUUGCAGUAUGAAGUCCGAAACUUUUACUCAUGUUUAUGCACAUCUUUCAUUAUUAACUUUUGUGAAUUAAUGUCUGUCAUCUGAUUGCUUAUUGUUUUAUCUUUGAUAUUUGGGCUCUCUUUGGAUACUGUUUUCUAAAUUGGUUUUGUUUUAGGCCUAUCCCUUUACUACUGCAUAAAGUAACAUUAGCUAUUUACCUUAUAUUUCUUAUGCAAGAAAGUGGGAGCAGGAAUAGGCCACUCUUUCCCCCUUCAAGGCUGACCUGCUGUUGAUUAUGAUCGUGGCUAAUCUGCCCCAUACCUCUCCUCUGCCCAGCCAGUUCCCCAUCUUUUCCUGAUCUUUCAGAUAUUUCUCUUACCUUCUCUUCAAAUCCCUUCAGUGAAAUAAAUCCCUCCAGAGAAUUACAGAGAUUUACCACCCUCUGUUAGAGGAAGUUCCUAUAUACAUCAGUUUUAAAUCCCUUAUGGUUUUUCAAACCACUCAACAUCAGGAAUUUAAGAUCACACUUUUCCCGGGGUUGAAAUGUCUAAUACCAGGGGGCAUGCAUUUAAGGUGAGAGGGGGUAAGUUCAAAGAAAAUGUGAGGGGCAAGUUUUGUUUACACAGAGUGGUGGGUGCCUGGAAUGCACUGCCUGAGGUGAUGACAGAGGCAGAAACGUUAGGCAUAUGAAUUGGAACUUUAUGGACAUCGUGUAGGCAGAAGAGGUUCGUUUAGUUGGCCAUCUGAUUAUUAAUUCAAUUACUUCAGCACACCGUUAUGGGUCAAAGGGCCUGGUCCUGUGCUGUACCAGGGAAAUGAUUCCGAAAGUUAUUCGAUGUGACCACUUUCUAUCAGCCUUACUCCAAAUGUUAGCUCCUGCUUCAUCAUCAAUGUUUGGUUUUCAGUUAAAAACAUUAGCAAAGGCUGUGGAGGGGUAGUGGGUGAUGUGAUGAGGACAGAGAAUUUGUGAUCAGUUAAAUUAUUCACCUCUAGAUGAGAAGUGGGAAACAGUAGUUGGAAAUAGCCUAUAAUUUACCAACUGCAAAAGGGCUGAGCUUCUGCUGUGAGUGAUUCAUCGAACACAAUAAGCCUAUGAGGUCAAACUUCUAAUCUUUCUGAUUUUUCUGAGAAUUCUGGAACAAUUACUCUUCACAGGGGAUGAACUGCACUUUGUGUACUUGCAUUUGUGUUCUCAGAAAAUUUUAAUGUUCACAUGUUGGCCAAGAUAGUGACAAUUACAGAACUACAUCCAAUUUGCCAGUGGUCGGCCAUAUCCUUGGCCCUAACUCACCUCUGGGGCAUCUAAAUAGUAAAGACACAGGCAAUAAAUUAUUGUUUACUAACUACAACUCUGCUUUAAAUACUAUAAUUCCAAGAAAACUCCUGGACCUGAGACUCAACAUGUUCAGUUACAACCGGAUGCUUGACAUUAUGACCCAACAGACCGCACUCAGUAAUGAGCGGUAGUAAUACCUCCAUGGCAAAGUAUUAAUAUCGUCCAUAAAACUGGGUAUAAAUGACUGAUUUUCUUCAAAAUAAAACUAUGUGUUUACUGAAUUAUAUACACUUAAUAAUUUCCAAUUCCUUACAAACUUAAUAAAAACAUGCCCUUACCUUAUCCCUAUUCACAAAAAUGCUAUUGUUCCUCUUUCUGCACAUCAUAUUUUAGUCCUCUGUAAAUGUAAACAGCUUGCAUUCAGACAGUUUUUCUUCUGUAGUAACUUCUUAGUUAGUGAAGCUUUUCCACUUUGAAUAAACCAUGCGUGCAAUUUCACAGCAAGAGCAUUUGUUUCGUCCCUGUGUGUUUGGCUGCAGAGGGCACUGCUGAUCUAUGACUAAAGCCGUCAGGGAUCUCGAUGGUUCAGAAUAUAAAAACAAGGAACAAGCACAAAGUGCUCAAAAACAUUUAAACAUAAAUAUUUGGGGCAAAUAACAGGCCAUUUAUCGGCUGCCAAAUUAAGGUAAUCAAUUUCCUGUUAACAUUAGCAACCUACUCGUAAUUUGCUGCAAGCUAAAUCUUUCAAAUCAGUCAUUAGAUUAAUGACAUGUAAAAAGGAAUUAGGAAAAGCUGCCUAUUUCAUUUUUGUAUUUGACUAAUAUUGACUUCCUCAUAUUUAAAUUGGAUUUUUAUCAUCUAAUGUGGCUCUACUUAAGAAUGUGCAUUAAAUUUGAUGCCAUUUUCUUGAGUAAAAAUAUCUUUAGUCUUUAAAAUUAUAUCUACCUCUUUAUUUUCCUGUAAUAAAUACUACCGUUUUUAUAAAUUAUGUAGAAGAUUUUUAUUGUGACCUUCUUGGAAUA